AGAGGUGUAAUUGUCGAACAUCUGUCACCAAGCGAACGCUAGCUCCGUGGCUCCGUUCAAUCCCGAAAACUGCAAUACUGUCAUGGCACCCACUUUUGUGAUUUUUUGAGACAGCCACGUACAUACAUACGUACACAAGCGCGAAUUCGCAUUGUGGUCAGUGUUCGGUGAUUUUAUAUAAGACGAAUCUUUUACUCUCCCGUACACACACAGACGAUAAUAAAUCAUGAGCUCAGGUAGACCAAUAAAAUGUGUAGUAGUAGGAGAUGGAACAGUAGGAAAAACUUGCAUGUUAAUCUCAUAUACAACAGAUAGUUUCCCUGGAGAAUAUGUACCUACUGUGUUUGAUAACUAUUCUGCACCCAUGGUUGUUGAUGGAAUUCCAGUUAGUCUAGGAUUAUGGGACACAGCAGGGCAAGAAGAUUAUGACAGACUUCGUCCUCUUUCCUAUCCUCAGACAGAUGUGUUCCUCAUUUGUUUCUCAGUAACGAGCCCUUCAUCAUUCGAAAAUGUAACCAGUAAAUGGUAUCCUGAAAUAAAACAUCACUGCCCAGAUGCACCAAUGAUACUUGUUGGAACUAAAAUAGAUUUACGAGAUGAUCGUGAAACGCUUACUGCCUUAGCUGAACAAGGCCUUAGUGCUAUUAAGCGUGAGCAAGGACAGAAGUUGGCAAACAAGAUUCGUGCAGUGAAAUAUAUGGAGUGCUCUGCUCUCACGCAACGUGGACUGAAGCAAGUGUUUGACGAGGCGGUACGCGCUGUUUUAAGACCUGAACCGCAAAAACGUCGGCAAAGGAGGUGCAUUAUGUUAUAAACGAUAAAAGGAAUUGCAAAGAAAAUCAGCAUAAAUAAACGUAACGUAUAUAUAGCAACAGAUCAAAAUAGAUCUGAUAAUUGAACGCAAAGAAAAAAAUAUGAAUGUUUUUAAAGAGAAGAUGAAUAGUACAUGUGCAUUUUAACGAAUUAUUCUGGCAGCUAUAGAAUAUACCGCAUCACAGAAAGAGUACAAUUUAGAACUUUCUGGUCUCAGUUGCAUGAUGCUAAUUCGCGACCAGAAAGUUUAGACAACGAGAAAGUAAAAAAAAGAAAAAAGAAAAUAGGAUAACUAUGUAACAGUAAUUACAGGAAGAAAUUUAUUGCAGGCUUACAGAUGUUGUUUCUUAAAGUUGCGUUUAUGCAUAUAUUUGCACAUUGCUGAAAAAAUAUGUGAUUAUAAUAACGUGCGGUUGAUAAUAAUGGGAAAAGCAGCUCACAAAUAACGUUUCUUCAUAUUUUACACAAAAAAAUCUCUGUUAAUUAAUAUUGCAGUCCUGCAAACUGAUGAUAAUGCAGUGUAAAUGUGCUGUGAUGACUAAAAGCAUUAAGUACCGAAGCUUUACUUAUCAGGGCUGCCAGAUUUUCGACUUUUUACAUUUACAAUGUAGUAGGAACAUUGAUUUUAGUACAUAUAUAACGCGAUAGCUAUCAUAACAAUCACAUGCUGGAAAGUUUUACAAGAUGUAAAACUGAUAUUAUAUAGCAUUAUUUGAACAUACACAGUGCCAUAGCAACGAAGAAUCAAAUAAAUAUCACAAGCACUCUCAAUCACAAUCAGUUCUAGACAAUAUAAUGUGUGUAUUUUACUAACAACAAUUAAGAGUUUCCUAAUAUAGAAAUUUUUAACAGAAAAAGGUUUUAUCAGUCAUAUAAAUUAGAGUGUAUAAAAUAUUUUCCUAGGUCGAAGUAUAGAUUUGUCUUUCCAGUUUUUAAAAACAUUUGUUAUCUUUAAUUUAUUUAUAUUUCUAGUAAGAAAUGUGUGUAUAUGCAUAUAAAUACUGCCAUAUAAAAUAACAAACACGAAAAUUCAUAGUAUUUCUCAUAUUGUUAAAGAAAAAGAAUCGAUAAUAUUGUGUAAUAAUUGUGCAAAUUAAAUUUGAUAAUGAUGCAUAAGAUACUUUAUUGUCUAGAAUUGCAACAAGUUUUCCAAUUAUUAAAACAUAUUAAAAGAAAUAAUAUACUAUGUCUAUAUUAAUAUUUAUUUUAUUUUGAUAAAUCUAAAAAAUCAAGUUAUUUUAAUAUGAUUUUAUAUUGGAGGAUUUAAAUAAUCUCUCCUAUAUUUUAUAAUGUAAUAUUUUCGAUUUGUGCUUGUAUAAGAGUAAAAAUAUUUUACAAGUUAUUGCAUUGAUGCAAUUUGAUUAUUAACAUUAUUCGAAUAUCUUUUAUACUUAACUAAAAAUAUCCUUUAAAAAAAUAAUAAUCAAAAAAAGUAUAUCGGUUGAAUACAGAAAUGCUAGUAACAAAUAUACAGCAAUGCAAAAUACAUUUAAAUUGAAAUAUACAAAUAUAGCACAAUGUAUUUUCUUAAAUACUGUAGUAUAUCUCGCUCUCUCUUCCAUUUAUUUGUACGAGAUUGUUUACAUAAAAAAAAUUAAUACGAAAAACUAUAAUAAUUUAGAAAAGGAUAGAGAUGUCUUGUACAAAUAAGUGAUCUAUUGCUAUAAAAUUGCUCAUAUCAUUAUCUCUAAUUAAUUAAUUACUUUAUUAAAUAAUUAUAAUCAUGAUUGUACUUUUUUCUUAUUUUAGAUAUUUUUUUCUAUUUACACUAAACUAAAAGAAAAGAUUAAAUUUUAUUGCCAUAGAUACUAUUACCCUCUUUCUAAGGACCCAAUGAUAAAGUAGUGUGAUGAUAAAUGGAUAUUACCCUACUUGUGAUCAUGCUAUUUUUUUAUAUUUAAAAGAUAAAAAUAUAUAGGAGAGAUAUGACCUUUGUGCCAUAUUUGUGCUUUCCAUUUGUAAAACAGAUAUUAAAUGUCACACUUGAUAUUUUGGAAUGCGGCAAAAAUUUCCAUAAUUUAAAAUUUUUAAAGUUAAACGAAAAAAAUAUUUAAUACUAGAACGAUCGAGAGGGUGGACAGCUAUUUAGAAAAAGAAUUCUCCGUCUUAUUUCUAAAAGAAGAGAUAAGAGUAAUAUUUUUUCAUAAUGAUAAAAAAACAGAUUUCUCUUAUAAUCUGUAUUACUAAUAUUAACUCACAAAGACACACAUUUUUAAAAUAAUUAUUUUGAUUAUUUUAAUGUCAAAAUGCUAUAAAAAGCAAAUAAAAAAGACAUAUUGCAGCUUAGGUGUACAUAAUAUAUACAGAAGCAUACUCUAAAUUUUUCGAGCCUAUACCAUUUAAUUUUGAAUUGUUUCAAUUUUCGAAAUUUCUUGCAUACACGACUAUAAAUUUUAUCCCAAAAUCGCUGGAUUUUUCAAAAUAUAGAAUAGGCAAACAAAUAGAUGCAAUAAUGUUUAUGUAUUUUGUUUGAAUUAUGUGACAUGUUUUUCUGAGAUAAAAUAUAAUUAUCGCUAGAUAAUUAUGUAUGUAAAUUAUCUUGCGAUAUAUUUUUAAUAUUUUCUUACUUUCGAAAAAAUAAUAUAAUUUAUGCUAGAAUAUUCAGCAUAAAUAUUAAAAGAAUAUUUAUUAAAAAUAAUGAUUGAUCAAAUUUAGACUCUAUUUUUUUUAUCUUUUUUAUUACAAUCUCUAGGAAGAUAGUUUAAAUUCUUUAUAUGUAUAUGUAUACGCCUGCAUAUGUAUAAUAAUGUAUUAGUUAUAGCACAACUAAUAUCCUAUAAUUAUAUAUUAUAAGAUAAUGUUAUAUAUAGAUUGCAUUUUUUUGUAAGUAGUGCAUUUAUUUUACAGAUUUUAAGAUACUUGUACAUGUUAACUUUUUUUGUAUUGCAUAAUACUGCCAAGUGACAAAUUAACAGCAGCAAUGUGUAUUAGCAGCAGUAUUUGACAAUUUACUUCUAUUAUCUAUAAUCUAUGAUCUAUAUGCAUUCUUUUUGUACAAGACAUUUUUAACAUUAUUUCUUAUAAUUUGCUGAAAUAAAGCAAAUUUAGUUACAUAAUUGAUAUAAUUAAUAACAUUACUAAUAGCAAUCAAUUGAGAUAGUGUGUACAUUGCCCACAUUUUUUGAUGAUAAACUUUAAUUUGGGCAUAUAACAGUGUGAUGUAAUUUUAAUUUUUCACUACUUACAAUUUUUACACUUAAUGAUGAUCAUGCGUAAGAUGCGAAUUACUCUUUUUAAUCUUUCCUAUCUUAAACAAAAUUAUUGAGGGAUGCUAUAAACCAAAGUUAUAAUAUAUUAUAAUCUAAGAUAACAUUUACAUUUUUCUGUUAUGGACUAUUGCAAAUAAGUAUACAAAGAAUGAAUGUAUGAAAAAUGUAAAAAUAUUCUAGUCACCACGAAUCUGCUUCUAAUUUUUAUUCGUGUACACGAAUAAAAUGCUCCGAAAGAUUGUGUAUGAACAAAAAAAAAAUGCGAUCCCUAAGUAGAGCGAGUUAAUGAACGUAUGAAUGAACGAAAAAGCAGUGAAGAUAGAAAAGAAUGCGGAUAUGAAAGUAAAGAGAUGCAAUUUAAUAUUGUCAAUUUAGAUAGAAUGCAAGAAAACCAAACGCGAUGUGAGAGCAAGAAUUCUGUAGAAAUUACAAAUAUAUGUAUAUGUGCUAAGAUAUAUAACUUCAAUUAUGAAUAAUUUAUAAACAUUUGUCUCUAUUUUCGUAUGUAUAAUAGAAUUUCUUAUUUAUGUAUAAUAACAUCAGGACAGCAUAAGAGGGCAUCCUAUCACUCUUACAAAUUUUUCAAUUUUAUGAAUUUUUACGAAUUUUAUUUUCUUCUUGUGACAAUGAAAUACUUGAAUAAAUUUACAAAACAUAUAUAUAUAUAUAUAUAUAUAUAUAUAUAUAUAUAUUUCUAUUAUUAAUUUAUCUUCUCUACUAAUGCACUCUUUUGCUGUCAUAAUGAUAGCGAAAACAGCGGUAACAAAUAGCGGCCUCAAAACUGAUUUAUCGGAUUAUUCUGUUUUCUUAAGAAGAUUAUAAUUAAUAAUAACAACUAUACAAUGUGAGCAACAUGAUUACAUAAACGCAUAUUCUAUAUGGCACUAGGAAGCAUUUAUUUUUUAUUUAUAUGUAUUUUGAAAACAACUUUUUAAAAUAAACGAUACAAUAAUUACAAAA